UUGAAAAUUAAAUAGAAAUGGGUGAGAGAAUCUCGUUUUAAUGCUGCACUUCCACUGAAUUCAAAGCAACAAGCCCAUAUCGAGACUUGGGAGCCUAUAUAUCUCAAAUCAGGGGAGGAGGAUUGUACUUAGGUACAUUCAAAGCAUAGCGUGAUUAUAAUAGCUUCUUCACCAUUCAAUUUAUUUUGAAGGGUCUGCAUUACAUUCCCAUACUUGCUUUUCUCCAAAUUCUAAAUGAAUUUUUAUCCAAAUGGUUUCCUUGAUAGACCAAUUAUAAUGCUUUUUGUGAAUGUACCCACCUACAAAAUGUAUGCCCACGGAUGUUUAUCCACUUUUUGUCAAACUUCCAGUGAUCAGUUUGAUAACUGAGAGUAGACCCUUAAUUCUUAAUACUAAACCUUAUUAUUUUCAGGUAUGGUUGGACUAUACCAAUCCUUACUCAUCAGGACCUGGUAAAUAUUUUCACAAAUAUUGAGAUUAUAAAGUCCCCAAUGAUUGUUAAUUUUACCACGCAAUUUUGUUAAGUAAUCCUAGCAUCAAACAUUCUCUUAGCAUAAUUCAUGGAAUGUUCCCUGAGAUUAUCUCUAAUUCGAGAUAAUUUUAAGAAUAUGUUAAGAUUUGAAAAAGAGUGCUCAAAUUUUUGAAAAGACUAGAGCUUUUCAUAAUAAUUUUUAUGCAUAAACCCCCUGAUUUCAGCGAUCUACAUCGAGUAAAUUCAUCCCGAGGAGUCCUAAUUCCUCCAAAAAUGGCCAGACUUCACUAGUCCUGCUGAAUUAGUGACGCUUCGUUUUAUUUCGUGUUAAAUAUUAUAUAAAUUUGGUUAAAAACUAUAACAGCGUGUUAUUAACUAUUUCAUGAAUUUUGAAUAUUUUCAUAAAAAUGGUCGGAGUCCUAUUUUAGCUGUUUUAAAUCCCAGAGGCUAUAAUAUUAUUGUACUUAUAAUAUUCAAAUUUAUGUAACUGUGACGGCUUUCAAACACAUUAGUGGUAAUGUAAAACUUAUUUCAAACUUCUCGUUUUUAAGUAAGAGAAUUACUGAGCUUGUCUAGAAAAAGUUCAAAUUUGAUAUCCUUUCAUUGCAUGCGUGUAAGUAAAAAUUAUUAGUAAUGCAAAAGGCAUGGUUAAUGCUAAAUUUUUACAGU